AUGAAGUCACUGGCGUAUAUGCACCCUGAGGCAGCCUCAUACCUGUGCGAGGUUGGUUUCGAGCGAUGGGCACGAGCAUAUUUUCCAGGGCAUAGGUACAAUGUAAUGACUACCAAAUUUGCUGAGUCGUUUAAUACUUUGGUUAGACACGCUCGAGGCUUACCUAUUACGAUGCUGAUCGAGUUUAUCAGAGAUACAUUUCCAGUCACACCUUGGGUUAAAGAUAAGAUCGCAAAACGUGUACGAAAAUCUUCAAACUUGGAGGUGCGUUCAAUAACAUCUGAUCGAUACCAGGUCCUCAAUAGUGGCCAAUAUGAUGCCCUGGUCGACCUGACAGAGUGUACAUGCACUUGUAGAAAAUUCCAGUUAUCACAGAUUCCCUGUAUGCAUGUUAUUGCUGUAGCCAGAUAUAUGAAGCUCACAACCUGCAUUCAAUGGGUUAAUCCAUACUACAGCACAACUUUUUAUCAUAUAAUUUAUGUGGAUGCAGUUAAUUCAUUGGGAGAUCAGUCAAAGUGGAUUCAUCUGGAGGGGGCACGUGUUAUCCACCCACAGUAUGUGCAUCGUCGUUGUGUAGGUCGUCCAGUUAAUAAAAACAGACGUCCUUCUCAAUAA